UGGCACCCAAUGAGUGCGCUGCACUGCUUGUAGCAAUCUAUCUUCAAUGCUGAUUCUUUUCGGAAAUUUUACUUUGUGGUUGGUGUCGCAGUAGAGAACAACCGUGGCCUUUCCCUCCGCGAUCGUCAUCUGUUGUCAGUAGUUUACGGCAGUGUUGCUGCGUGUGCCAGCAAUGGCUCAGGGCACUUCAAGUUCCUUGGUGCUGCUACUCGCUCUGGUAGUCUUGCUGUGCCACUGCGCUACAUUAGGGCUUGCGACGAGUCUUGUGGGCGAUGAAGUGAACUGGAAAUGGGAAUUCGUCACGUAUCCGGGCCCCACGCCAAUGUUUGGCCAGAUAUGCCAGACAUACACGAACGGCACGACACAGCACGAUCAACUGCUUGUGUAUGCCGGUUAUCAUGCAUCACCGCAAGGACCCAGCAACAGUAUGUAUCGCUAUGACUUUGUCACAGGACAGAAGUUUGGUAUAACGCAGCAUGCCCCGCCGGGUGGCAGCAUACCAUGGAAGCGGGACGGUGCAACUGCCAUCAUGAAUCCUUCCAAGACAAAGAUGAUGAUCUUCGGUGGCUCGCAGGCUCCAGCCGAGGCUCUGGAUGACACCUGGGAGCUGGACAUUGCCACAUUCACCUGGACUGAGUAUACGGCUGGUGUACAUGAUGGGCCAUCCCGCCGUUACGGAUCAUCCAUUGUAUACGUCCCGGAGAUGAACUGUGCCUUGAUGUUUGCAGGAUCAUUCUGGCUGGAACGCCUCUACUACAAUGAUCUCUGGUGCUACCGAUUUGACACGCAUACAUGGAGGCCAGUGCACCCGGGAUUUGGUAGCUCUCCAGCACCAAGAUUUGGCCAUACAGCAGCGUACUUUGAAGGCCUCAUGUACAUCUACGGUGGUGGAGAUGGCAGUGGUGAUUUCAAUGAGGUCUGGGCUUUCAGCAUAGAGAAUCAACAGUGGGGAGUGGUGCUGAGCAAGCCUCCACCGGGACGUGCGUGGAUGCAGAGUGCAGUUGUCAACAAGCACUGGGUUGUCGUUGGUGGAGCUAGGAACUCAACCGAUAACAUUGAGGUGUGGAGAUGGCCGAUCAACCCCGGGAAUGCACUUGGCGAAUGGGAAAAGGUAGAAAUGGAGGGACCAGCCCUGAUUGGCCGAAUGGAUCACUGCGUUUUCAACCAUCUGAACGGAAGUGCUGUCUAUAUGCUAGGAGGAUUUAGCUACGAGCGGCGUGGACCAAUCAGCGACUUUCUGCGGUUCUUCUAUAAGAACGAAGAUUACAACUAAUCCAACAGAACACGAGUGCGUUCUUCAAUAGUCUCAAUUUACCUAUUCCCCGCCACAGUCCCCCUACUUCUUGACUGAUGUGAAUAUUCUCUCCUAGAGAUGUUACUUGAUCUAUUCCUUGCCCAUCCACCAUUGAACGAAUUAUUUGUGCAGAUUGAGAUAUUGUUUACUCCAGUGCUAACCUCUGCAGACUGAUGCAGCCGGCGCAGUCCUUUUUAUUUUUGCAAUAUCUGCGUUUCGGGACAUUAUGAUUCACUAUACAGUACAUGCAUUUCUACUAUUUCAGCAGCAGCAGACAGCUUCAAAAUAGGUGCAGAUAAAUUAUGAGACCCAAGAAAUUAUUGCUCUUUCCAAUUCUACCUUCACCUCCUGUAUUCAUCAUCACCAUGCUCUUCAAAAUCA